CAAUGGGCUGCCCGCCAUUGCACGCCCUUUGCGAGGCACACUGGUUCGUCUGCGUUGGGCCACAGCGCCAGUGUCGUCCCCGGACACCAGCAACCAACAGCACGCAUCGAUAGAGGCAGCCCUAGCAUGAUGGCACGACGAUGAGAGCACUAGCAGUGCUGCUCGUGCGAGCGGCGGCCGACGACUGCUGCUGGGUCCAGCGCUCUGUCAAGGGCACGACCUUCAAGAAACCUAUGCAAACCAUCGAGGCGUGCGACACGAAACAUCGGUGCUUCGUGGCGUGCUCCGUCUCGCGCCUGUUCGCUGCGCCCAAGAAAUGCACCUGCGACCCAACCAUUGUGGCGAGGGAGGCCAACUUCUCUCUAGCGAAAACGCUCGUCUCGCAGCACAUGCGGAGCGUCUACGCCGGGGCCUGGCUCGCUCCAAUGAAUUUGGCGCAACGGGUCCCCUGGAACGCGUUAAUGGGAGCGCCCCUCGAAGCUAGUUCAUACGGCGUCUUCAAGGAGGCAUCCGCCGUCUGGCGGUCGGCGUUGCCCGAGUCGUUGUAUGUCAUGCACCUCUCGGCCUACGAGCAUUCCGUGGUGGCGAGAAACCCCUGGGCCGAGGCGAUGCGGCGCGUCGACGCGGUGAUAAAUUGGCAGCUUCGGGAUUUGUGCGGUACGACGCCGCGACGGUGGCCUUUAUAUGAGAAGACAGGGGCGAUUGUCGCGUUCUUCGGCGGCGUGUCUCGGGUGCGGUACGUGGACGUCGAGGGCGCGUCAACCACGAAAAUGGACACGGGCAAUGCGCAUAGUCUACAGCCGCGAUCGAUCAAGGUACGAGCUCUCAAAGCUUCUGUUUGUUCGUUGCUGCGGGACGUGGCUUCUGUGGUACGCGUCGCGGUCUGCGACGAGGAUGACAAACGAGCUGCCUCUGAGGCGCUCGGUGAGCUGGCGGAUGUUGUGGUAGUGCCAUGCGGGAAUAAACCGAGGAACCUCCCCUUCCUCGCGCUGCACGACGCCGUAUCACAAUUCGCCGGCAAGGCGUACGUCGCGUUCAGUGAGUCGGACCUGACCUGGCGCUUCGCCUCCAAUGAAGCGGCCGAGGCGGCAUCAAAGUUAUUCCGAGCCGCCCCCUCAUCGGUCCUGACGCCCCACCGCUGGCACAAGCGUUAUGGGAGCACGGCCGAAAAGGGCGACGCCUUCGGCUCCCAGCCGACGGGCCAGAACCUCUGUUCGCUGCGGGCGGGGGCGCGGAUGGCCGCGGUCGCGCGCAUGCCGGGGUAAGUACGUACUUAGUACU